UAUUAAUUUUUAUCUCAAGGCACAGGGCAGGCAGAAACUGACCAGGAUCUGGAAGCUUGGGGAGGGACUGACCAGAAUGGACAACUGGACAGGGAAUAGAUGGAAAAUACUAAUAUUUACCAUGUCUGCAAUGGGAGUACUGAGCAUAGGUGGACACUAUAAACUCCAUGAAGCCAGUCGUUGUUUCAAUUCCUACGGAGUACCAAAGAUAGACCUGAGCAAGUGCAGUCAACUAGACAUGAUCAUGAUCACCAAAGCCAUACAAGGCAUCAGUCGCCAGCCUAACCAGUGUGAAUACCAGGAGGGGGACUGCACUGAUGUCAUUUCCACAGACACAGAUGCCAAGCUCCAGGAAUGCGUCGGAAAGAGCACAUGUUCUACAACUGUGACAGUGUCAUGGAUGCAAUGGUGUAGUGCAUACAGUACAUAUAACUAUGUACAGUAUGGCUGUAUACCAGUUAAAGACACCCUGGACAUGUGUAUCCGCGGUGGAGUUCAUAGCACACUGACAGGCUUCAUCAAAUCACCAAACUACCCAAACAACUACGGCCCAGUGACAGACUGUACGUGUAAUAUUACCACAAAGCCAGAUGCGAAACUUCUCUUGACUUUUGUCGAUGCCCUAAUAGAAUGGAGUAAGGACUGUCAAAGGGAUUUUAUACGUAUAUAUGAUGGUCACCACAACAUAGUGCGAUGUGGCAGUUUGCACAGGAACUUCAAUUACACGACCAAAUUUGGUUCUGUUCUGGUGCGAUUUGUGGCAGACGGACAGCAAGAAGGGAAAGGAUUUUGGAUGAAUUUCAAGUCCCCCCAACCUGUGACUGUGCAGUGCAGCCCUACAAACUAUAUACCCACCACUGAACCUCCCUCAACAACAACUACAGUCAACAUGAAUACGGAGAAAGAAGAUAAAAAUACAGAGAAGUUGGCAGAGAAGGAAAAUACACACACACUGCCAGAUGCAAAUAAUGAACCCUCUAUAGCUGGGAUUAUCAUAGCAUGUGUCAUAUCCCUGGCCUUCUUAGUUGUUCUUACAGUUCUACUCAUCAGAUUCAAAAGGAAGCGUCACAAGGAGAAAAUUUCAAAAAGCCCGUCUUCCGAAUCUAAUAGCAGUCAGGUUCCAGGAAGGAUCAGGGGCAGUCAACACAGUCGCCCUCUACCUGAUCCUCCGGUGUCACCAACAAGUAGUGACAAGAACGGAACGUUUGAGAAAAUAGAAGAAAAGUCUGAAAAAAGCACAAACUGUACAGAAGAUGUGAAGCAGGAUUCACAAGAAGACAGUGGUAUCAAGGAAAAUCCCAUUUGAGCCAGCUGAGAAGCUUCACAUAGAAGCUUCACAAUUUUGAACAGAGAGCUUUUGAAUUUAAUUUCCAUGUUAAUUGUGAUUAUUU